GAGUAAGAGAGACACGCCUAUAUAUAAAUGGGGGUUCGAGUGUAAGCGCGUUCGAAUGACGGGCCGAGGAAGGCUAUGGGCGCUUCCGACCUCGAUCCCUACGAUAUCAGUUCACGAGGUCCUCCUCCCCCGCCACAUCGCACGGUAAGACCAAGUAGGUCGUCGACGACAGCGGCAGCAGGCGCAAUCUUGGUAUGUUCUCCUUUGACAAGUGGCUCUUUUCACAGGGUCCAGUCGAUCUCAGCGACUGCGGCAGCUUGAGAGUGGCGAUGGCACUAUGCUGGUUUUGCACGAUGGUCAAUGGAGGCGGAAUUGCCCCGAGUAAGGUGGCUUUGGGAGAUCGUGGGUAUCGGCAGGAUUUCGAUGUCCAGGCGCAAUCAAAUGCCGAGGCUAUUAAGCACAAGGAUAUCUUUGAACAGUUGUGCAGCCGAAGCAGGGCGCGAAGGAAGACUUCGUUUUCUGGGGGAUUGGGGAUUGAAGCGGGUGUUGUCGUCACUUGGGAGGGCGAGAGGAGCGGUCGAGGUAGAUGCAGUUCAGCGCCGACAGAGGGCUCGCGGUUAAGAGUAGGAUGGGAUGUAACAGAAGUGGCGUCGAAAGGAGGACGGUCCGAAGAAGGUAAAUGCUUGCUAAGCACACUGUCGAGCGUUUUGUGGUAAGGAGUCGAAGAGAUGAGGGGUUGGAGGAGACAAACAAAAGUCCUGAGGUCGGUUCAGACAAGCACGUUGAAUUAGUGAAGUGAACGGGAGGUGGACAGAAACAAGGACUUGGCUCGAAGGAGGUGAGG